AUGGCUUCACUCCAUUCACUUCAUGGCCCUUUGUUCACCUGCAGUUGCCUCCUGGACAGCAAAGCCGAGGACUCCUUUUCAACCUUUGUGUUGCCGAGAGACGAGCGGGAGCCGGACAAGCUCAGGCUUGACCUGGAUGCCUUCCGCUUCUAUGGAGAUGAGUGUUCCUUGCUGACCAGGAUCUACCCUGAGAACCACACUGUCCUCUUUGACUAUGGGCUGUAUGAGUGUGGCAGCAGAUUGCAGAUGACUGGAGAUUUCCUGAUCUACACCACCCACCUGACCCACAUCCCAAACUAUCCUGGAUCUGUCAUUGUGAGAACCAAUGGAGCUGUCAUUCCCAUUGUGUGUCGUUAUUUGAGGAAGGGCAAUGUGAGCAGUAACCCCAUCAAGCCCACCUGGAUCCCAUUCAGCUCCACCAGGUCUGGAGAAGGGCAUCUGUCAUUCUCCCUGCGUCUAAUGAAUGGUGACUGGCUGACAGAGCGCACUUCCACUGUCUACUCCCUGGGAGACCUCAUUCACAUUGAGGCGUCUGUUUCAAUGGACAACCACGUGCCCCUGAAGCUGUACAUUGACUGCUGUGUAGCUACACUGAGCCAAGACAAGGACUCCAGCCCCAGAUACAGCAUCAUUGACUACAAUGGAUUCUCCCUGCGUCUAAUGAAUGGUGACUGGCUGACAGAGCGCACUUCCACUGUCUACUCCCUGGGAGACCUCAUUCACAUUGAGGCGUCUGUUUCAAUGGACAACCACAUGCCCCUGAAGCUGUACAUUGACCGCUGUGUAGCUACACUGAGCCCAGACAAGGACUCCAGCCCCAGAUACAGCAUCAUUGACUACAAUGGUUGCCUCCUGGACAGCAAAGCUGAGGACUCCUUUUCAACCUUUGUGUUGCCGAGAGACGAGCGGGAGCCGGACAAGCUCAGGUUUGACCUGGAUGCCUUCCGCUUCUAUGGAGAUGAGCGUUCCUUGAUUUUCAUCACCUGUCACCUGAAAGUUGCUGCAGUGGAUCAGGGAGAUUCCAGGAACAAAGCUUGUACUUUCCAGAAGCUGCACAAGGUCUGGACCCCACUGGAGGAAUCAAACAGUGACAUUUGUGCCUGUUGCCAGGUUGGGAACUGUGGCAGCACAAGGGAGAUCCUGCUUCCCUCCAGAAGAAGGAGAGACCUUGGACCUGAAGAUGAGAGUGAAGCUGCAUUGAAGUGGGAGGGUGAGGCCUCUCUUGGUCCCCUGCUUAUUCUGGAUCCUGAGCUGACCAGCCUGGCAACUAAGCCCCUGACUCCGGUUGAGCAAAGGAUGCAGGAGAGGUCUCCAGGCGGUGUGCAGUCUGAGCUGGUUGUGAUGGUGGCCCUGACAGUGACAGCUGUCUCCCUGAUCUCUGCUUCAUUGAUGGCCUUGUUCCUGUACAGGAAACACAAGCAGACUCAACUAUUGUUGGAAUAGUCCAAUAAAGCAGUGAUUCCUUGUU